CUUGACUAAAUCGGCGAUUUCUUGGAGGUUUCUCCUUCUUUUCGGAUGAGGCAGCGCGUGUCCGACUACAUCCAACAUCCUCCACCACCCCUCCCCCGCGAGACGGCGGCAAGCCCCCAUGUUGCGCAUGCAACGCGAUGGGCGGUCCAAGCUGUCCACGUGCAGCCGAGGCUGCGACUGCCGAAGCAAUAAUCGCCUCUGCACUGACUCUGUCAACUGCAAGCGCCGUACGUGCACGAACUUUGUGUAUCCCCUGGACCCGGUUGUUUGCAAUGAUGACGAUGAUGAUUCUUCCCCUUACGCCGGUCCUGCCGUGCCCUCCACGGCUUCUUUCGGUGAUGACAAGAUGCGCGAGGCCUUCGGUGAGCCCCUCACCAACUCUGCUGGUGGAUCGAGCUUUCCUGAGUGGGAGGCGUAUUACGAGCGGGUUUGCCGGCUUCGCCUGCGCUGCGUAGGCAUCUACAAGACUGGCAACCUUGGCCGCGCUGUCGCUGAUGCUGUCACUGAUGAUGUGGAGGCGAUUGCCAAGCUCGAGGCGCCUUCCGAGCAGCUCUUCGUCGUCAUCACCAAUCACAUCCACCAGCUGGUUGUGUCGCCGGGUCACCAAACCCGCCCUUCUCGCAGUCCAGGGCGUGUGUGAGGGUGAGUGCCAACUGUAUCACCGCCGUGGAACAGCGGGCCCGGGAAAGGGGUGAUGAGAAGAGAGACGGUGGCGGGGAAGUAUAAUGUAAUACUGAAAGACAUUAUGCUCUCUGUAGAAAGGUAGAUGGUACAGGAAGGUUGCAUUGCGGUGUAGUCUUUUCUCUCUUCUCUCCUUUCCUUACAGUACAGGCGCUGCCUUCAACAGUAUGUCCUUCUUGCGAGUCAGGGCUCCUGUGUUGUCUUUACCUACCCUGCGUUUUUCGUCAUCUCGGCCCUUUAAGUUAUCAUGUGUUUUGCACUCUCUUUUUCUCAUUUGUCUAUUCCUCUUGGGCCCUUAUGGCUGUGUGCGGUCCUCUUCUGUGCUGCCGUUGUUGUGCGCACUAUUGGUGUAUACACUCUAGUUGCAGGCCUCUGUACUGCUGUUGCUGUGUACGCACUAUGUACGCAGGCCUCUGCUGCUAUUGCUGUACGCUCUAUGGGCGCAGGGCUCUCUGCUGCUGCGAUUGUUGUCAGACUGUAUGUUCAGCUAUCAUUACACAAACGUGGUGCUGUCACAGAUAAGAUAAAGACACUUCCUUUGGAUGGCUCCAAGCUGAGCAGAUUAUGCCGCCUAAUUUAGCUGCAGAACCUGAAAUGGACUGCUGAACAGGCCGCGUCAGAUACUGGCAAUGAG